AUGAAGUCACAAAAUUGUAAAUUUGAAGUAUUUUUCAAAAAUGACAAAGGUUUUGGAUUAAGACUUUUAGAGCCUUUAAAGAAAGGUCGAUUCAUAACAGAGUUUCCAGAAGCAUCAUCAAGUUAUGAAGAUUUGAGUGAUAUUACAGAUCAAUGGUUAACACAAGGUUUGUGGAAUGUUGUUCAGGACAAAACAACCAUCCAGGAUACAAAACAACUGGGCGGUAUAAUGUCCAAGUAUAUUAGUCAUUCAAAUGAGGCAAAUUGUGUUGUUCAGAAAUGGCAGGUGGGAGAAUUAAUAAUGACUGGACUAUACGCAAAAAGAGACAUUGAACAGAAUGAGGAACUUUUCUUGGAUUACACAGUUCCUUAUACCGGGCAUGGAAUCAUUGAUCCUAAGCCUGAUCCAUUAAUUGCAACUGAUAAGAACUUUUCCGACAAUCUCGGAAAACCAAUUGAAAAUGCUGAUGAUGUAAUUAAUUUCAGAAUAGAUUUGUUUCGUUGCACACACCGGUUUGAUAUGGCACCACAAGUAUUGGGUAGAUUAUCGAUUACCAAUGAUAUAAUUAUUCUCGGAUUUUUUAUUGAAGCACUAGGACUUGAUGUGUUGAGAGAUUUGUUGAAAGGAGAUCCUCCUAAUCUUGUCACUAUUAAAAAGAUAUUGGAAAUACUCAAGAAAUUGCCUUGUGACAGAAAAUAUUUAAAAUUUUAUAAUGAUUCAAAAAUCAAAGAAACACUAAUAAAAUUAGCACCUAAAAUAGUACAAUUCAAUGAUUUGUUUCAACAUCUCCUAAAAAAAUGGACAGAAAUUGAACCAAAGACUACACCUAGAAAACCCACACCAAUACCAUUACCACCUUUGCCACCAGUGCCAUCACCCUUUUCUGUAUCAUCACCUUACACUGCAACCAUUAAAUAUGCUCCCAGAUUCGAGCCUUAUUAUAAACCAAGAAAUUAUUAUGCUCCUCAUAAACCAUCACAAUCAUAUACUACUUCCACAACAACAAUAAAUGAUCCGCAAAGAAUAGCAAAAGAAGAUAAGGGCAAAGCACCUGCUUACGUUGGACCUAAUCAGUUGAAAAGUCAAGUAACGUGUAAUACACCAACUACCAACCUUAUCAUUACAGAACCAUGUUUUAAUCUACCAAAUAUCCAAACAACCUAUGAUGAAAUGAUAUUUGAAGUAUAUGAAUUUAAAUCUUGUUUUAGGACAAUUGUCAAAGAAACUUGUUGUUAUGUUUCUAAAGAUUUUUUAGGAGAUCUUGAAAUUUGUCGAAAAAGCACAAGAAAUAACUCAAUUGUGCAAGAAUAUGUUUUACCUGAUUAUUCUAAAAAUCCAAAGGGAUAUGUUAGGGAAAGAAAAGCCAGUGGAAGAAGAAAUAAUUAUUCAGAUGAACAAGUCUUAUACAUGAACAAUGAAAGAUUUACUGUGCCAGAGAUAUUGUUUAAUCCUUCUGAUAUUGGUAUGGAUCAAGCAGGUAUACCAGAAGCAAUUGUAGCAUCAAUUAAUUCAAUUAGCCCUGAUACACAAGGGCUAUUCUAUGAAAAUGUUUUAUUGGUUGGUGGUAAUAGUUUAUUUUCUGGAUAUAAGGAAAGAAUCGAAAAAGAUUUACGUGUACUUGCACCAUCAGAUUAUGAAAUUAAAAUCGGAAUUCCUGAUAAUCCAAUCACAUAUGCAUGGCAUGGUGGCUCUAAAUUUGCCAAAACUAACGAAUUUAAAGAUAUGUCAGUCACAAAAUCUGAAUAUGAUGAACAUGGAAGUAAUAUUUGUUUGAAAAAAUUUGAUGGACGUCGAAAAACAAGGCUAGGCGAAGCUAAACCAUAUGAUACUUUAACUAAUAAAGAAGUUAAAUUAAUAUUGGAUCACAAUUUUUGCUCUCCAAAUAAUCUAACUGGUUUACUUUAUCUAUCAGAUCAAGGUGGUAUCGAAAGAAGACAGACAUCUCGUGUUAUUUUUAAAGAAUUAUUAAUUGAAGUUGAAUCGCCAAGAAUUGAUCUUGAUGGUUCUAAAGCAUGGAUCAAAGCUUAUCUAAAAGAUGAUUUUGUUGGUGGGUGUGAUAUUGUGUCGGUAGGUGGAUUCGCGUGA